AUAAUAUACCAGGUCUCUCCAAAAGUUGAGUUUACGAACAUUAAGUGUACAUCUUUGGAUUUGAGUUUUAGCAGCUUUGAUUAUUGCCACAUAAAGGCAGUCAAUCGCAGCUUCAAAUAUCUUUCCCUAAAAGUUAAACUACACAAGGUUCCCAUUACCAAAAUCAAGGUUAACAUUGCUGUUCUGAAGCGAUUUAAUGGCUACAGACCAUUCAUGUACAAUGUUACCGUGGAUGCCUGCAGGUUUAUUAGAAAUCCAAAAUCGAAUCCCGUUUUUUCAUAUCUGUAUAGCCUAUUCAAGACCUACUCCAAUAUGAAUCAUACAUGUCCGUAUAAUCAUGAUUUAAUUGUGGAAAAACUAAAUACGCAAUUUGUAAAUAAUCAAGUAACCGCUGUCUUGCCAGUUCCCGAAGGCGACUAUAUUUUUGAAACAAAUUGGUUUGCAGAAAAUAUUCAACGUGCUGUGGUCCGUGUAUAUGGCACUCUUUCCUAA